AUGAAUCUUGAGCCGGCAAAGUCUGAAAUUAAAUCUGCCACACGUGUGACAGGGGGACCUGCCACCCCACGGAAAGGACCACCAAAAUUCAAGCAGCGACAGACCAGGCAGUUUAAGAGUAAACCUCCAAAGAAAGGAGUUCAGGGAUUUGGUGACGAUAUCCCUGGAAUGGAAGGUCUUGGAACAGACAUCACCGUCAUCUGCCCCUGGGAGGCCUUCAGCCACUUGGAGCUGCACGAAUUGGCCCAGUAUGGCAUCAUCUAG